AUGCUUAUAUUUGCAGUCGCCGCACUCGCCGUGACGGGCCUUUCCAACACACUGGCAGGGGGCUCAGACCAACAAGCCGGCUUGCUAGCUCGUGCAAGCAGUCCAAGAUUCCCAUUUGACGAGAAUACAUCUCAGUACUGCACCUUUUGGUAUGAAAAUGAUGGAUCUAUGCCAUGUACAGAGGCCCUCGAUCUUUUCAGUGUGUCUUUAGAAGACUUUGUCCGAUGGAAUCCUUCGGUAACCUCUACAUGCGACAACUUCCUCGAGUCUCGUUCUUUCUGUAUGGAGGCUAGUGGUGAACCUGUUAUCACUACUACGUCCACUUCUACCGAGCCCACGACAACUACGAAACCAUUUAACGGCAUUCAAACUCCCAGUCCAACCCAGCCAGAUAUAAUCGACAGCUGUAAUAAAUUCUACUGGGUGAACAACGGCGAGAGCUGCGAGAACGUCGCUUCCAAGAACGGCAUUCCACUGCAAGAUUUCUUAGCCUGGAACCCUAAAGCCGGCAAUCAAUGCUACGGCCUCUGGGCUAAUGCCUACUCGUGCGUUUCCAUUAUUGGUUAUAUCCCACCCACACCCUCUGAGCCUACAAACGGCGUAGAGACACCCACGCCGAUACAGCCCGGCAUGGUUGCCGACUGUAAUAAGUUCUAUUACAUUAAAUCGGGAGACUCGUGUGGCAGUAUUGCCUCUAAUAGCGGUAUCUCAGUCUCUGACCUUAUUAAUUGGAAUCCCGGGGCUGGCACGCUUCCAGCAUUCCGUAUUAAGACACGAUACCAUAUUGAUUGCACAGGCGACGUUUAUAAUGACGUUUUAGUCAGGGGUGGCAUGUGUAUAAAUACUGGAUGUUCUGUUGGAUCCCUUGAGAUCGCGGCCGAGGGAUACUGCCCAGAUGGCCAGGUUCAGAUUAGCUACUGGGAACAACCAAACUGCGUUGGUAAGUGGUUUGGGUAUGGGUAUACUAAGCGGGGGCAGUGUCGCGGUGUCUGGACUGAUGGAUGGAAGUUCAAGUCGUUAUUUCUACGGUGCGCCAAGGAGGAAGAUGAUUGCGUUAGCCAGGGGACCUGCUCAUACGAUCCAGAGCCUGAUACAUCUCUUUGUUAG